GACCAAAAACUUGCAAUGUAACUUUCAAAUAUCGAGUAAAAGAAAACGAAACAGUAGAGUGCAACAGGAGAGACCGAAUAAUAUCGAUAACAUAUUAUUCAUUGACAGAACUAACUUUGAAACUAUUGCAAGAUCAUGCACAAAAAGAGUUUAAGUUUUCGGCAACAAUACAUGAUAAAAUUGUGAUCAAAUACAAUAAAUCCAUUUUAAGCAAUGAUAUUACCAUGAGAUCUAUAUUCAAGACGAAAGAAAAUAUCGAAUUUAUCGUUACAUUAGAUAAGAAGUGCUUCUCCAGUUAUAAAAAUUUGCGAGAAGUUCUCCAAAAACAUGGAAUCGAUAAUGACGAAGUGCGUAGUAUACCAGUGUUUUUUUCUAAUUGUGAAAAUGAAGAAAAUUAUAAGGAAUUAGCGAUUGGCAAUGUGGGUGAUCAGAAUGAAGCACAGCAAAGCCACUUUAUUACGUUGAUAUUAGUCUUAGCAGUAAAUUCAGUUCCAAACACCAUCCUUCAUUCACAGUUUGAGAUUAUUGGAGAUGUAUCUGCUAGCAGAGUAGAUUAUGCUAUAAAGAAAAUUUAUCUGCAAUUAGUAGGUAGUGGGUUUGAAGAAAUUAUCUGCGUCACUGAAGCGAAGCAAAUUGAUAUAAAAGUAGGAGUUGCUCAAAACUUAAUGCAACUUGAAG